AUGAAGACUGAGCACGAUGAAAUCGCCCCCGAGCCGUCAAUGCUCGGGGAAAUCCAGAGCCACCCUGGCACGGCGCACGACGAUGUCUUUGGUGAGAUGUCGGAGGGCGGUCCCAACUACCGUGAUGUCGGAUGGAUCGGAACUGUCGCUCUCAUGAUGAAGACCCAGAUCGGCCUGGGUGUCCUCUCGAUCCCCUCUGCCUACGACACUCUAGGGCUCAUCCCCGGGUUGAUCUGUAUGUUGGCUAUCGCCGUCAUCACGACCUGGUCCGACUACAUGAUCGGUGUCUUCAAGCUCAACCAUCGCGAGGUCUACUCGAUCGCUGACGCUGGAGGGCUCAUGUUUGGCCGUGCUGGCCGUGCCUUUUUAGGCUCUACCUUCGUUCUCUACUGGAUCUUCGUUGCCGGCUCAGGAAUGCUGAGUCUGUCCAUCGGACUCAACGCUGUGUCAACCCACGGAGCCUGCACCGCGGUCUUCGUCGCUGUCGCCGCCAUCAUCGGCCUCGCCUUUGGCAGCAUCCGCACCCUCGGCAGACUGAGCUUCCUCGCCUGGAUUGGACUGAUCUGUAUCCUGAUAGCCGUCUUCACCGUGACAAUCGCCAGCGACGGCCCCUGGAAAUUAGACUACAAGCUCUUCGGCAACCCGUCGUUCACGGAGGCCAUCACGGCCGUGUCGUCCCUGAUCUUCGCCUACUGCGGCACCCCGGCCUUCUUCGCGAUCGUGUCCGAAAUGCGGGACCCGGCAUACUAUACUCGCUCUCUGCUCUUCUGCCAGGGCAGCGUUACCGGUAUCUACAUCGUGAUCGGGACGGUAAUCUACUACUACUGUGGAUCUUAUGUUGCGUCGCCGGCGUUAGGGUCUGCGGGUGUGUUGGUCAAGAAGGUUGCUUAUGGCUUUUCGCUGCCUGGGUUGAUGGUCACGACUAUGCUUGUUAUCCAUCUCCCCGCAAAAAUCAUCUUCAUCCGCAUCCUCCGCGGGUCCAAACACCUCUCCUCAAACUCCCCAACCCACUGGCUGACCUGGCUCGGGUGUACAUCCAUCAUAACGCUAAUCGCAUACAUAAUCGCCAGCGCAAUCCCCGUGUUCGACAGCCUGGUCUCCCUGAUCGGCGCGCUGCUGGGCACGCUCAUGUCCUUCCAGCCGAUGGGGUGCAUGUGGCUGUACGAUAACUGGACGCAGGGAAAGACUACGAAGAGGACGCGGUGGGUGGCGAUGGUGUGCUGGAGUGUCUUUGUCAUUGUCAUUGGGACGUUCUGUAUGGUGGCUGGGACUUAUGGGAGUGUGGUUGGGGUGGUGGAGAGUUAUAGGGCGAGUGGAGGGAGUUCGGCGUGGUCGUGUGCGGAUAAUUCGAAUUCUGUUUAG